GCUAGCAUCGCUUUCUCCUGCAUAGAGACAAGACAGCUGUCUUUCUUUAAUCUAAUCAGGGACAGGGAAAAAAGCUGGAGAAAAUAUCAUAUGACAUAGGAUUUAGGAAACAAUGCACUGAAACAAAUAAAUGGAAACCAUCUUUAGUCCUUGUUAUCUCAGUGAUUCACUGUUUUUCCUCCUCACCUGAUGUAUAGGACUCGGAGGUGAAGAAUUACAGCAGGAUGGAUCCAGAUUAUGCAGCAUUUGAAAGCUCUCUAUGUAAUGAAUUUAAGGACUUCUGCAAAAAAUUCAGUGAUGCGUACAAGGAGCUGAAAGAGGACCUGACCCCAUACAGAGAUGAUCGCUACUACAGGUUGGCACCAAUGCGCCUAUACACCCUCUCAAAGCGUUAUUUUGUGUUGGUUUUUGUUGGGUUUUUUAUAUGCUUUGGGUUAACCCUUUUUAUUGGGAUUGCUGGCCCAAAUGUUAUUGAGUCUAAACAAUUUGGAUAUGAUGCAUCUAAUAUGUCCAAGGCGGGCAAGUUUCAUUUGCAGUCUCCAAUCUUGUCCACUUAUAACCAACAACUAUGGCUAAUGUGUAGGAUUGUACUAGAUAAGUCCGAUGACUCAAGCUUCCAAAACAAUUUUACAAUGUCUGUGAAAAUACAUGGUGUGACUCUAGAUGCAUCCGUACCCUAUGUUGAUAACAAAGAACACACUCGUCCUAGGACAAUUAGCUGUGCUCAGAAAUGUGAGGAAAUUAUAGUGGUCCAUCUGGGAUACUUGAAUUAUACAACAUAUCAGCUUACUGUUCGAUUUGAAAAUUUAAACCAGUUGCGAUACAUAAUUUCAGCUGUCACCUUUACAUGGAAAACAUACAACCCAACCUUUUCACAAGUGGAGAUCUGGUUUCGUUUUGUGUUUGUGGUUCUAACUUUCAUGGUGACAUGCCUGUUUGCACAUUCCCUUAGAAAGUUUUCCAUGAGAGACUGGGGUAUUGAACAGAAGUGGAUGUCAAUCCUUUUACCCCUGCUACUGCUCUACAAUGAUCCAUUCUUCCCUCUCACGUUCCUGGUUAAUAGCUGGUUCCCUGGCAUGCUAGAUGACCUAUUUCAGUCACUCUUCCUUUGUGCGCUUUUGCUGUUCUGGCUGUGUGUUUACCAUGGGAUACGAGUACAGGGUGAGAGAAAGUGCAUGACUUUCUAUUUGCCUAAACUUUUCAUUGUUGGAUUGCUUUGGCUUGCUUCUGUGACACUAGGGAUAUGGCAGACAGUUAAUGAAUUGCAUGAUCCAACUUACCAGUACAGAGUAGACACUGGCAAUUUUCAGGGCAUGAAAAUUUUCUUCCUCGUGGUGGCAACUGUGUAUAUUUUGUAUCUUUUGUUCCUGGUUAUACGGGCAUGCUCUGAAUUACGACAUAUGCCAUAUGUUGAUCUGCGGUUAAAGUUUCUUACAGUUUUAACGUUUGUAGUGCUUGUUAUCAGCAUUGUCAUCCUAUAUUUAAGAUUCGGGUCGCAAGUAUUACAGGACAAUUUUGUUGCCGAACUGACGACACAUUAUCAAAAUUCGGCAGAGUUUCUAUCCUUUUAUAGUCUGUUAAACUUUUAUCUUUACACUUUGGCCUUUGUCUACUCUCCAUCAAAAAAUGCACUUUAUGAGUCUCAGUUGAAAGAUAAUCCUGCCUUUUCAAUGCUGAAUGACUCGGAUGACGAUGUGAUAUACGGGAGUGACUAUGAAGAGAUGCCCCUUCAGAACGGACAAACCAUUAGAGCCAAAUAUAAAGAGGAGUCUGACAGUGACUGAGAUGUAAGCUGUUGGCAUGAGUGCCUUUACACAAAGGAGGAAACAUUCCCUGGGAAGGACUAUUUCUUUUCACUACACCUCUGUUCAUCAUUGAAUGCUGCUCUUUCCACAGAGGAUUUUUAUGUUUGUGUUUUUGAUGUAUUUGUUAUUUUAACGAAUGAGUCUAAAACUGUAUGGGUUGAGAUACAUGGUGUCAUGUGAUGGACAACGGUCUGUUUUGUACAGAGCAUUUCUCUGGGGACACAACAGACCAAUAAUUAUUACUUCCAAAGCACAUUGAGCUUCGGGCACAAAUCUCCCCGCCCCCAAUAUUUCCUCAACCCCAUACUUAUUUUUUUUUUAUUAUUAUUAUUUUUAUUUUUAUUUUUGGGGGGGGGGGGGGGGGGUAGGUUUGGCUUUUUGCUCAUUUCCAUUAGUCCACUGUAAAUUGUGGCUUUUUUGUCUUUAUGUUUUAAUGACUUGGUUACUUUAUUCUUCAACAAAGUGGUAUUUGAAGAAUUAUGCUGCACAUUUUCUUCUGUAUGUUUGUGUAAUGUCCAUCCAUAUAUUUUCUCCAUUCUCUUUUUAAGGGGGGGGG